AUGAAGCCUACCCUUUUCCUGCUGCUGCUAGCUGCCUACACUGCCCAUGGGGCGCUGGUGCCCCGCGCUCUCUGGCAGUUUGGGAUGAUGAUCCAGUGCACCCAGCCUGGGGUCAACCCCUUCAUCUACAACAACUAUGGCUGCUGGUGCGGAUUCGGCGGAAACGGGACCCCCAAGGACGAGCUUGACAGUUGCUGCAAGGUCCAUGACCUGUGCUACAGGGCUAGCAGGAAGCUCCCCGAGUGCCGUCCUGUCGUGGAUGUCCCCUACAUCAAAGUCUACGAACACACCUGCUCAAACAUGGAGGUCACCUGCUCAGCAUCGAACGACGUGUGCCAGGCUGCGGUGUGCGAGUGUGACCGCAUCGCUGCCCACUGCUUCGCUGAGCAAGCCUACAACUCCGAGAACAAAAACCUUGACCCUGAUGUCCACUGUGUCAACUGA